AUGGCUUACCCUAAGUUGUUAUUGAAGAAAUUGGAAAUGCUUGAAGCCUUGUCGGCUUAUAUAAUUGCAGCCUGGUCGGCUUAUAUGAUUGCUUAUUGUAGGAUAAACAAUUGCACAGGCGCACGGGAUAGUAGCAAGAACUUCAAAAGUGACAAUGUGAAUGCGUUGAAUGAGGAAAAGGAUGAAAAAGUGAGUCAACCUACCGAUGUUAACGAAGUAGAUGAUAAGGAAGAGGAAUUGAUGAAGCUCGCCUCUAAUAAUGAAGAAGAUGAUAAGGAAGAAAAGGUAAUGCAAGAGCACCUUCGGCGGGCUAAAGCAAGAGAGAUUCAAUAUACGUAUAUUGGCAAAAAAAUUCAAAAUGAGUUGAUACAGUUGUUGACUAAUCAGGUGAGAAGUUUAAUUGUCAAGAAAGUUAAAGAUGCAAAAUAUUUCGUAGUUAUGCUUGAUUGUAUUCCAGAUGCAAGUCAGGAGGAGCAAAUGUUUUUAAUUGUACGAUUUGUAGAUGAUUCGACAAACUUACCUACAGUUCAAGAACAUUGGCUAGAAUUUUUGAAGGUAGAUGAUACAACAGGACUUGGACUUACAAUCGAGCUUCAAAAGGCUUUGAUAAAAAUUGAUUUCGAUAUUGAUGACAUUAGAGGGCAAGGGUAUCACAACGUAUCUAACAUGAGCAGGAAGUACAAAGCUGUAUCCUUCUUCGGAUUGAUACAACGCAUCUACACAUUGUUUUCCUCUUCUACCAAGCGAUGGAAAAUUUUCAAAGGUAAUGUACAAGGGUUGACAGUGAAGCCAUUGUCACAAACACGUUGGGAAAGUCAUGUUGAAAGUGUGAAGACUAUAAUGGAGCAAACUGCACAGAUAAGAGAUGCAUUACUUGAUUUAGCAGAAAGUAAUGAAGAUCCUAAAGUGAAGAGUGAAGCCGAGUCAUUAGCAACACAUGAACUUCAAAAUUUUGAGUUUUUGUUUGGCAUGAUAAUCUGGUACAGAUUGUUGCAUGCUAUUAAUAUUGUGAGUAAAUUUCUUCAAACCGAAUCCAUGGAUAUUGAUCAUGCUAUUGACCUCUUGCAAGGACUUAUUUCAUUUCUUGAAGAAUAUAGAGAAAUUGGAUUUGCUAUUGCCAAAGAUAAAGCGACAAAAAAGGCAAGCGAAAUGGGAAUUGAAGCUUAUCCUGUCAAACCAACGAAUCUCCUCAACUAUUUCACAUUACUGGGUUUGGGCCAUUGUUGUAUAGCACUCACCUUCCGAAGGCUGGCUGAUACUCUUCUUGCUAAUGUUAUGUAG